AUGAGAGUCAACAGGACAAUAAAUCGAAGGAAAGUCCGCUUCCUUGGUUGGCCCUGUGAAAACGUUUUCUCCCCGCGGAUCGAAGCUCAUCUCACGGUGCUGACCCCUGACGUGGCAGCAGGAGCCUCCGCCUGGCUGGCACACACCCAGCCUUACUGCCACCGGAACAGCCAGCCUGUCCUUGACUUUGCCCAGGAGGAACCUGACAGGACGACUCGGGGCCCCUUAAGAUUGGACACCCCCGUGAAGUUUUUAACUCUCCAACUUGUCCACACGGAGCCGGAUUUCCCGCUCCGGGACUGGGUCCCGUGCAGCCUCUGCCCGGCCCAUCAGCAGGCCCCGCCCCGCCUCAGCCCCGCCCCCACGUGCCCGCCGCACACCAAGCCCCGCCCCGGACGCCCCGCCCGCGAGCGCCCGAGCCCCGCCCCGCCCCGCCCCGCCGCAGCCCGUUUCCACGGCGACGCGGUGCGCAGUGGCGGCAGCAGGGCCGCAGAGCUGGCGGGCAGCGGCGGCGGCGUGAGCACGGCGGGGGUGGCGGCCGGGCAGCGGCCCCCCAGCGCGGGGGUCUCGGGCCCCCGGGGCGCGUGGCGCGCGCGCCCGCACCCGCCCGCGGUGCCCCCGCACGCCGGCGCGGGGCCGGGGCUGGGCGAGGCGCAGAGGCGGGCGCUGGAGCUGGAGAAGAGCCUGCAGUUCCUGCAGCGGCAGCACUCGGAGACGCUGCUGCAGCUCCACGAGGAGGUGGAGCGCCUGAAGCGGGAGAACAAGGAUCUCCACUACAGGCUCAUCAUGAAGCAGGAGCCACAGAAGAAAGGCAGCAUCUCCAGUUCCAGCUUUCAGUCCAAGUCCAUCUCCAAUACGACAGUUUCGGCCAACUCUCAAGGCAAGGCCAGGCGCCAGGCCAUCUCCUCUAAGAAGCAAGACUCGAAGGCGGACCUGGAGGAGAGGCCGUUGGCUGCUGCCCUGCUUCACGGCAGCAGGGUGGACAGAGCCCUGGGAGCGCAGGGGCUGCCCAAAGACGACAAAGUGGACAGCUCUCUUCCAGCGGCCCCCGCGGCGGCCGGCAGCCCGCACAGGAGCAAACAGGUGCCGGGGGCGCCCCCCUCGACCAACCUGCCCCCGCCGCCGCACAGGCCCACCACGCUCCAGCAGUGCGAAGUGCUCAUCCGCCAGCUGUGGAACGCCAACCUCCUGCAGGCCCAAGAGCUGCAGCACCUCAAGGCCCUCCUGGAAAGGAGCCAGAGGCCCAGGGCUGCCCCCGAGGAGGCCGGGCCCAGUUCUCCCAAGGACCAGGAGGCGCCCCUGCUCCCAGGGCCCACGCAGCUCCCCAAGGUCACCACCAAGGGCGUUUCUAAGAAAUGCCUGGUGCUGAGCCCGGCGCCCGCGGCGGAGCGGGCCGUGCUGCCCGCGCUGAAGCAGAGCCUCAGGAGCAACCUGGCCGAGCGGCAGCGGCGGCUGCAGGCGGUGCAGAGCCAGCGGCUGCACCGCUCCGUGCCCUGAGAGCCAGGCCCCGACCGCUCACCCUCUAGGCAGCACUUCCCGAGCAUCCUCAUCCACGUGAGCCAAGCUACCUUCCAGAUCCGCAGACCCAGGGCCGAUAAAGCACGUGGCCGCGGCGGGAGCGGUGUGUUCUCCCGCUCGGUAUUUUGCUCUCCUGCACGUACCUGCGCU